AUGACAUUGGAGCAGCUGCUGAAAGACGGGGCCCGUGCGAUGGGCGAGACGCGGUACGAGGACGCGGUGGAGAUAUACUCCGAGGCGUGUCAGAUGGCGAACCUGGAGCAGGGGAAGGACGACCCGGACCUGAUGUUUCUGUACGGGAAGGCGUUGUUUGAGAACGCGGUGCAGAGCAGCGACGUGCUUGGCGGCGUGGGCAAGGGGAAGGAGGAGGAGGGAGAGAAGGGAGAGGUGAAGGGGGAGGGAGAGGGGGAGGGAGAGACGGCGAAGAGCGGUGGCGACGGGCAGUUCCAGUUCAGCUCGCGUCUAGCGGAGGAGGAAGAGGAGGAAGAGGAGGAGGCGGCGCAGAAGGCCGCCUCCGACUCCGACUCCGACGAGGAGGUGGAGGCGCCUGCGGACGGCGACGAGCCCGAGCAGGGCGACUUCGAGAUAGCGUGGGAGAUCCUCGACCUCACGCGGAUUCUCUACGAGCAGCAGCUGGCGGGCGUGGCGCCCGUGGCCGAGCCGUACGAGGCGCACGCGGCAGACAACCCGGACUUUGUGGCCAGGUACGGCCGGCUGUCGGACGUGUACAUGCUCAUGGGCGACAUCAGUCUGGAGACGGAGAACUUUCCGCAGGCGGCCGAGGACUACGAGAAGGCGAACGGCAUGCUUGAGCGGGCGUUUGCUGCUUGCAGCGGGCGGCGCCACGAGGCGCUGUUCAAGCUGUCGUUGGCGCACGAGUUUGUGGGCAGCGACGAGAGCGUGCAGCGGGCGGUGUCGUGCAUGGAGGCGUUGCUGGCGCUGGUGGAGCAGCGGGACGGUGCUGGCGGCGCCGCCGGCGCCGACGGCGCCAGUCUUGUGCACGAGGUGCGCAGCCGGUUGGCCGACCUGCGCACGCUGCAGCAACAGCGUGCUGCCGAGAAGGACCAGCUUGUGGCGCUGCUCAAGGGCGUCACCGCUGCUGCCACCGCUGCUGCCACCGAUGCUGCCCACCCCGGCCCCGUCACAGACUUGACGGGGCUGGUCAAGAGCCGCAAGAAGAAGAGCAAGCCUGGCCGGGUGGGCAAGCGGUAG